AUGGCAACCAAGGUGGGACUCGAACCCACAACCUUCAGAUUAGAAGUCUGCUGCGCUACCAUUGCGCCACUCGGCUUAUUACAUAUAAUUUUUGGAUAUUCAAAAAUACUUUUGUUGUUUUUGUUUGACUCUCUAAUUAGUCAUUUCAAUUAAAAAUAAUAGAUAGAUAGAUAGAUUUAUUAAUUUUAUUUACUUUUUGGUCAAACUAAGCUUGAAAAUUUCUAAUUACAAUAUGAUGUUUAUUUUUAGUAAUUAAAAAUAAUUUAAAUGGGAAAAAUAUAAAAAAUUGGCAACCAAGGUGGGACUCGAACCCACAACCUUCAGAUUAGAAGUCUGCUGCGCUACCAUUGCGCCACUCGGCUUUUUCCAACAAAUUACUCUAUUUGCAAGAAUACCUUGCUUACUUUCUAUUUAUUUUAUCAGAAAGGAAAAAGAUUUUAUAAUUGA